AGACUUUGUAGAAACUGCCUGGCUUCAGUUUGCGACGGUUCGGUGACUCGAAGCCGUUUAGCUUCGCUGCGAUCAGAAUCCAACAGUUUCUACAGUUAUUUACCGGAUAAAACCGGUUCCGUGUGUUUGGGUCGGACCUCAGCCGCGUAUCGAUCAGUCUGCGGGUUUUUUUUGCCUUCGGUUCGUAGUUGGUUUUGCUAACGGCUAACAGCUCGCGCGCUAGCAGCUAGCAGGCUAACGUCUUUAGCUUCGGCUGCAGAGGAACCAGGAAGGAAGCGGUGGACCUGCAGGCUUCUUGGGCCGAACCUUCAGCGGAUCCCCGGAGCUUCAUUUGGACCAAGAGAAGCUGCAGAUCUACGGAACCAGGCCUGCUACGGACAGAAGCUGACCAGGUCUGACUGCCGACAUGUCCAAGGCUCCGGAUUCUCCGUCCAGACCCAGAUCCAGGUCAAGGUCUAGAUCCAGAUCCUACUCCAGAUCCAGAUCUCGAAGCCGCUCCCGCUCAAGAUCCAGGAAACGCCACUACAGUUCCAGGUCUCGCUCCCGCUCCCACUCCCCCGCCUACAGAAGCUACCCUUCCCGGGACUAUCAGGGCAACAACCGAGGCUUCAGAGGCUACAACCGAGGCUACCGCCGGCCGUACCACUACCGCGGCCGCAGCCGAGGCUACUACCCCCGCGGCCAUUACCAGAACCGAGGGAGGGGAGGAGGAGGAGGGGGCGGCUACGGCUACAAGUCCAACUGGCAGGCCAGGGGGGGAGGCUGGCAUGACCGCCAGGAACACCACAGUCCCAGGAGGGGGUACUCGCGCUCCCGGACGCCCAGGAAGCGCUCGGCAAGCCGCAGCCGCUCCCGCUACUCGGACCGCUCGUCUUCAGGCCAUUCCCGCCACUCGAGGCACUCGAGCUACUCCUCCCGCUCCCGUUCUCGCUCCUCGUCUCGACGCCGCGACAGCAAAGGCCGCCCCAGGUCCAAGGAUCCGAAAGACAAGCAGCCAGAAGGUCAGAGCGAGAAGGCGGGUGCGCCCGCUGACGGCAGCGUCAUCGCCAAGGCCUCUGGAGGGAAGUGGAUCGACUACGAUGGCAGCCCCAAGCGACGCAGUCCCGACUCUAAGAAGGAGGACGACGCUCCUUCUCCCGACUCCAAAGGGGGCUGGUCUGAAGGGGCCGGGAUGUGGAAAACGGUCGGUUCUGGUUCCCCUCCAGAGAAGAGUCCCUCCAAGUCUGCUCAGACGGCUUCGUUUGGCGGCUUCGGCUUCUUCUCCAAGGAAGACGCCAAGGGUGGAGACAGCACCGUGAUCUCAGCUGCUUUUAAGAAGUUCCUGGCUGAGAACAAACACAAAAAACAAACGUCUGAGAAGGAGAACAGUCGGGAAAAGGAAGCAGGCUCAGCAGAGCGAGAGGCGGAGAAAAGCUCCAAAUCCUCGGACCUCUUCAACAUGUCGGCUUCUUCCUACUCCGAGCCCAAAGAGGACAAGGUUCUGCCCUUCUUCGACCCGGGAGAGGAGGAGUUCCUGGAGUCCCAGGGUCUCAAAGACCGCAUCAUCAACGAGGACGGCGAGGAGAAAGCGGGCCUCACGGCGCGCGAUAUGUUUGGGAAGUGGGGCGACGAACCGAGCCGCCCGGCGUCGUACCAGUCGGUGAAAGAGAAGAGCCGCAGAGACGCCGAGGAAGAGGAGGCUGUGGACGACGCCGAGGAAGAGCUGUACCGCAGCCGCAAGCACUCGUCUAAGAAAGAGGAGAAGUCUAAGAAGAAGGAGAAGAAGGAGAAGACCAAGAGGAGUCUGACUCCUCCGUCUACAUCCAAGGAAAAGGAGCGGCCGCUGUUUCCCGGAGCGUUUCCUGCCGUGGAUCAGUCUCCGCCGCACCGCCUGUCUGCUUCCAGGCAGGAGUUUGAGCUGAAGAUGAGUUCCUUAGAGGAAAUGCCCAGCUCGUCUCUUUCCAAAGAUCGCCUCACGCCUCGCGACCUGCUCCAUUCCUCCAAGAAAGAUCCGGAGUUCCGCUCCAUUUUCCAGCACAUUCAGUCGGCGCAGCUGCGGCGCAGCCCCUCCGAGCUUUUCGCCCAGCACAUCGUCUCCAUCGUGCACUACAUCAAAGCUCAACACUUCCCCUCGUCAGACAUGACGUUAAGCGAACGCUUUGCCAUGUACCAAAGAAAAGCUGCAGAGGCAGAAAUGAUGAAGCCAAGGAAAAGCCCAGAAAUCCACAGGAGAAUCGAUGUCUCCCCCAGUGCCUUUAAGAGGCACCCUCACCUGUUUGAGGAUUUGGACGAGACGAGCUACAAGGACCCAAGCAAGCGCUUCAAAGGAGACAUCAUGGACCUCCGGCUGGAUAUAGAAAGACGAAAGAGGUUUGCUGGGAAGGAGCGGGACUUCAAACGGGAAGGAGGCAGGAGCCCCGGGGGCUCCCGGGGGCCCAGCAGGGAGCGCUCCUCCGAGAAAUCUGGGAAGCACCACAAAAAGUCCAAGAAAAGUAAGAAGAAGCGUGAUCGCUCUCCAUCCUCCUCUUCCUCCUCCUCCUCUCCAUCACCCUACCCUCCCCCCUACAGGGGAAAGGAGUACGCGGGGGAGGGCAUGGAGCACCUGGAGGAGGGCUACGGCCACACCCGCUACCCUCCCCGGGAAUACGGCGGCCCCGCCGACCGGGGCCCCCGGGAAUACGAGGGCCACUUCCCAGACAGAGGAAGAGGUCGUGGAUUCUUUCCCAGGAUGAGAGGAAGAGGCUGGAACAGAGGAAAUUAUCCCGGGAACAGCAACGGAAACCCAGCCAAUGCCAACCCCCCAGUGCGCCCCCCGGAGGAGGACUGGGACCCUGAAUACACGCCCAAGAGCAGGAAGUACUACCUGCACGACGACCGAGACGGAGAGAAAACCUGGGUGGAGAACCGCGGCCGGGGGCGGGGCUCCUUCCCGACCCGCCGCGGCCGCUUCGUGUACCGGAAGGGCGGCAGCAGCCCCAAGUGGACCCACGACAUGUUCCAGGGGGGGGAGGAGGGGGAGCUGGGCGACGACGGCGACGAGUUGGAGCACAAGGAGGCGAAGAGCUCCGGAGACGGAGCGGCGAAGCCGUGAACGGCGUUUAACGGUGGAAGGUUUUCUGUUUUAUGUCUUUUUAAGGGAGAAGGUGUGAAAACGGAAGCGUUUGUGCCUUAGAGGAGAAUAAACCUGCUGAUCAACACAUGGUUCAUGAACUCUCUGCAUGAAUUGGACCAAUCAGCAGAGCGUCUGUCGGUGUGUGUGUGUGACAUCACUCGUCUUUAGUUCACCUGACGGUAGGAAGAGGAAAUCUAUCUGCUGUAGGUUUAGGUCUAACUUUUUUAAUCCCAGACCUUCUGCAUGUCCUCAUCUCACGUCUCCUGGGCUUUUUUUACUUUAGCUUUAAAAUGUCUUUUUGUUUUCAAUAAAUUUCCUCUAAGCCGG